AUGAGGAGUUUUCUAAUAGGUCGAAAAUUAUGGCGUAUCGUCACGGGAGAUAUUACCGAACCUGUCAAACCUAUUGUCCAUGAAACCAGUGCAGAGGAUAUUCAGUACAUUGAAAGACUUGAGGAUUGGGACAGCAAAAAUCACCAAAUUAUCACUUGGUUAGGUAAUACUUCUAUUCCAGCCAUCCACACUCAGUUUGAUGCCUUUGAUAGUGCAAAAGAACUCUGGGAUUUUCUAUACACACGUUUUCAGUCUAUAGGGCUGACUCAUUAUUAUCAGCUGCACUCUACACUUGUUAGUCUCAAUCAGGAAGUGGGACAAUCUGUGAAUGAAUAUCUAGCCACUCUUCAGCCUAUUUGGACUCAGUUGGAUCAGGAAAAAAUUAGCCCUGACCAUAUUCGUCUCAUCAAAGUAUUAAUGGGUCUCCGACCUGAAUAUGAAUCCGUUCGUGCUGCUCUGUUACACCGUAAUCCUCUGCCAUCUCUUGAUGCUGCUGAUCAAGAAAUCUUAUUUGAGGAGAAAAGACUUGGCAUUGUCUCCUCUCUGCACUCUGAUGUCGCCCUUGCAACUACUUAUCUCCGACAAGCUAAUAAGACCAUCUUUUGUAAAAAUUGCAAACUUCAUGGUCAUAAGUUUGCUAACUGUCCUACCACUGAGUGCAGGUAUUGUCACAAACGAGGUCAUAUUUUGGAUAAUUGUCCAACACGCCCGCCCAGCCCUCCUGGUCACUCACACAAACCCAAGUUUUCCCAUAAAGCCGGCUCUUCAUCUGUUGUUGCUGCUGCUACAUCAUUUGACAUCACUGAACCUUCGAGUCUUCAGUUGACUGAUCUUCAUGAUUUACUGAAAUAG